CGUCAGAUUGAACGUCCAUGAGACAGUGAGCGGGUCAGAGCGCCAGAGAACCUCAAGCACAAUGGAGGAACCAACCGGCAGAUUAACCCCGAAGAAAGUUGCAGUAGUUGGCGGAGGGUUGGUUGGGGCGCUGAACGCCUGCUACUUCGCCAAAAGAGGCUUUGAUGUGGAAGUCUUUGAAACUCGGGAAGAUAUCCGACAAGCCAAAGUGGUGAAGGGAAGAAGCAUCAACCUGGCUCUGUCUCACAGGGGCCGCCAGGCACUGAAGCACGUUGGGAUGGAGGACAAGAUUGUCUCCCAGGGGAUCCCCAUGCAUGCGAGAAUGAUCCAUUCCCCAAGUGGGAAACAGUCCCCGAUCCCUUAUGGAAAGAAAGGCCAGUUCAUCCUGUCAGUUGACCGAGCCAACCUGAACAAAGAGCUGCUAACCGAGGCAGAGACAUAUCCAAACAUGAAGAUGAACUUUGAUCACAAGCUCAAGGAUUGGAGUCCUGAAACAGGGCUAAUGACCUUUACCAGGUUGGAUGGGUCCCACGAUCAGAUCCAGGCUGACCUGAUUGUAGGCUGUGAUGGAGCGUUCUCCACCAUCCGCAAGCAGUUCCUCCGCCGCAGCCGCUUCAACUACAGCCAGACCUACAUCCCCCACGGAUACAUGGAGCUCACCAUGCCGCCCGUCAACGGAGAGUUCGCAAUGAAGCCUGAUUAUCUGCACAUCUGGCCAAGAAAUACAUUCAUGAUGAUCGCCCUGCCCAACUUGGACAAGACAUUCACCUGCACCCUGUUCAUGCCCUUUGACGAGUUUGAGAAGAUCACCACAGGAGAUGAAGUCAUGGAGUUUUUCCAGGAAUACUUCGCGGACACCAUACCACUGAUAGGAGUUGAUGCUCUCAAGAGGGAUUAUUUCCGACUGCCUGGGCUGGCCAUGGUGUCUAUUAAGUGCUCCCCGUACCACAUUGGGGAUAAAUGUGUCCUCAUGGGCGAUGCCGCACACGCAGUGGUGCCUUUCUACGGGCAGGGCAUGAACGCUGGCUUUGAGGACUGCAUUGUGUUCGACGAAAUAAUGGAGCAGCUCAAUGAGGAUUUCAGUGCUGUCCUGCCUGAGUAUACCAGAGUGCGAGUUCCAGACGAUCACGCCAUCGCAGACUUGGCCAUGUACAACUACAUUGAAAUGAGAGCCCAUGUCAACUCAAAGUGGUUCCUUUUCAGAAAACAUCUCGACAACUUCCUCCACUUCCUCCUGCCAAAUACAAUAGUUCCACUUUACACAAUGGUCACUUUCACCAGGACAAGGUACCAUAAGGCUGUGGACCGCUGGCAAUGGCAGGACAAAGUGAUAAACCGCGGCCUGCUGUUCGGUGCGACAGGAGCUGUUUUGGGAGGCUCCUACCUUCUCAUUAAAAAUCCUCCUGAUAUCAACAAGCUUAUCAUCCCCACUGAGAAGAUGUGGGCCAGGCUCAUGUCCCUCUGGACCAACUGAGACCCGGCUCCGAUCUGACAGACAAGUGCAUCAAACAUGAGAAAUGAGAGAAUCCAUAUUGUGAAAAGAGUUUGAUUGAAUCAUCUUAUAACCACAAUGAAGGCUCUGCCAGCCUAUACAUGUUGGUGAAUAGUGACUGUCCUAACCUACUGUAACUAAUACAAGUUAUAAAGAUUGAUAAUUAUAUAAAAUGCA